UAUUUUAUGUUAAUUUAUUUCAGAGUAAAAUUUUAAUAGUAUAUCAUCAACGGGAAUGACGUUAGCUAGAAAUGAUCAAGACUGGGCUGUUUUAUUAAAUGAGUACAACAUCUGCAAGAAAAAAUUAGAGAGCAAGCGAGAAGGGUUGAAGAUUCUUUUGAAAGAACUAGAGGAAUCCCAAAUUGAACAAGAUAGAUAUAAAAAUAAAAUCACACAGUUGCAAACAGAGUUACAAGACAUAAAAGAAGUUCUACAGGGUUGUUGGAAAGAUGAUGGAAGUUUGACAAUAGAGUUUGGCGGAAGUGAUGACAAGAAAAUAAAGAGUUUGAGCAAUUUGCUUCAAUUCUCUCGGGAUGAAAACUUGAGGCUUCAGCAUGAUUUGGAUAAUUUACGGCUGUUAUAUGGAGAAUCACAACGAGACAAUCAGUUGCUUCGAGCAGCCUUAUCGAAACAUGAAGCGCAAAAACGAGUUGGAUUACACGACAAGCACGAUAAAGAAAAAUUAAUAUUCCAAUUGGAAGAAGCACUUUCUAAAAUAACCGUUUUGGAACAAGAGCUGCAAUUAAGGGGCGACGAAAAGAAAGAAUUAGAAGAAGAAAGAACAUCAUUUCAAGAUAAAAAUUCACGUUUAAAUGCAGAGCUGAAUUACAUUUUACAUAAUGAUGACAAAAGAAUAGUGGACAUUGAUGCAAUGGUACUCGAGAAUCAGUACCUCAAGGAAGUUGUAAAGCAAUACAAAGAAGAGAAAUCAAUGGCGUUAGGUACUGCUGCUCGUUAUAAAGAGGCGUUGCGACAAAGACAACACUCUCCACCAAAUAAAAAUACACUGUCAUGUCUGGAUCUGGCAUCGCCUACUAGAAAUCAGCACCAUGAAGGCUUCUUCUCAAGAUCGUUUGAUCAUAAUACAGUCUCAGAUUUACAGCGUGUAAACAAAGCCAUAACUGAAAAGCUCUCCGAGAAAGACGUCGCGUUGAAACAUCAAAGAAAUACAAAUAGGGUACUUGGUACACGUGUGUCAGAGCUUGAAAAGAAAUUAAAAACGCUUGAAAUAUCUGGUCUAUGGUCACACGAGCAACGUGUGCCUCGAAAUCUCCCUGAGAUGACUCAAGUGGCUAUCCAACCAAUUGUAGUUGGAUCCACUAGGAUUCUUCAACCAGAAAAAACAGAGGAUCAACAUAAUAGCAACAACAACAACAGUGAUUACAAAAGUGACGAGAGUAGAGACAAUGUAGCACUUUCAUCGCUCUCUUCAAAUAGUGAAACUAUUAAAAGUAAAGACGGACUGACUCAUGCUGACUCGACUGUCGUUCAAGCGGCUAGCACGUUGCAUCCUUCUAAUGCAAAGCUUAAUGAUGUUACACAUAAUGGAGAAGUUAAAGCAAUUCAAAAUGGACUGAAAGAUCAAAAUAGCUAGUUGGUUUGGAAAGAUUUCAUAGCUCUUAGAAAAGCAUUAGGAUUUGGAAGACAUGUUUUGUCCUGUUUGACACGCCUGUGAUCCAACAUGAUAUUUCCUUUUCUUUAAGCACAUAGUAUAUAGCUACCAAAGCGAGAUUCAAGUUAUUUUGCUUUUUAUUACAGUCUUAUUACUUCUCCUACAAUAUCUUGGGAUUUCAUGUAAAUAUAAUAGAACUAACCAAUCAGAAUGUGUCACGUGAUUCUUCAGUACGCAAAGGGACUGGUGUAGAGUGUAUCUAAUUAGCUGAAAUGUA